AAAACAACCUGAGUUUGCUUCGCUCUUUUACCAUCGCAUGGGUUUACUUUCUUUCACUUCGUUAUUUACUUGAAAAAUUGUUUGAAACUGUACACAAAUUUUUACAUUAGAUGAUUCUCAUAAAUUAACAUUUGCGAACAAAAUUUGGUUUAAUUAAAGUUCAACUAUGAAAGUUACAAAACACAAAAAAGCGCGGAAGUAUAUGAGUUUCUACAUCAAUAACUUCGGAUUUCGUGAACCAUUGUUAGUCCUUGUGGAUGGAACAUUUUGCCAUGCUGCCUAUAAGGCUCGCCUACAAAUUGAGGAUCAACUCAAGAAAUACUUUGGGUGCGAGUUGAAGCCUAUUGUAACUGCUUGUAUCAUCACCGAGACGGAAAACAUCGGCGGACCGCUUAUCGCUGUGUGCCAACUCCUGAAGAAGUUUCUCCUGCAUAAAUGUGGUCACGAGAAGAAUCCUAUUGCAGGAUCGGCUUGCAUUAAAGCCAUGACGAAAACCUGCAAUUAUAUCGUUGCGACACAAGAUCGCAACCUGCAGGACUGGAUCCAAUCCAGGCCGGGCAUUCCUCUGUUCUAUCUUCACAACAAUUUGGUACCCACGCUGGUUCAACCGUCCGAGGCCAGUGCACGGGCUGCCACCAAUAAGACCCAAGCAAGGAUUGAGGUUCGCGAAGUGGAUGAGAAGACGUUGACGUCACUGAAGAAAAGAGAAGGAUUGGUAACGGAAGUGACGCCAGAGCCUAGACGAAAACGGAAAAAGAAAAAUCCUAACCCAUUGUCGUGCAAAAAGUCGAAGAAGGUGAAGAAUCACGGUAAAUCGUCCGGCGGUGGAAAGACUGAAGCCGUACAGAAUCAUGGGAUUGAAAAAAAGACACGAAAACGAAUCAAACUGCCAAAACAUGUGAUCGAACAUUUGAAAGCUAAUAAAGAGGUUGUUUGUUGAUGCA